AUACAGCUUCUGUGGGAAGUCAAUCACAACAUUUUUAAGAUGCAAAGGUUUCAAGGAAGUUACUUAAAAAUGUGUUUUGCUUUGUCUUGAACAACUCGUGUCGAGGGUGGGGCUUCAAGACAAUGACGUUCAUCAGUGAACUUCAUUCAGCGGAGGAACUCAUGGCUCGCGACGCAUAUUCCCACUCCCUCAGCAAGAGCACGAGACAGGCAAUUGCGCUUCUGUUUUCUGGAGAACACGAUGCUCAAACGAAGUCCAUGCUUUUACUACCUUCCAACUAUUUGAAUCUUGGCUACGAGAAAGGACUAAUUCUUUAGGAACGCGGUUCUCACUUUUACGCAUUCGGACUCAAGCUACACAUUUCAUCAGUAGGUAUGUGCGUUUCGUGGGAUUGGAACCCACAAUCUUUUCGCUGCUAACACAAUGCUCUACAAAAACUCUUUUCGAGUGGGGUCCUCUUAAAUAUGCCGACGUAAACUCGUUCAAAACUUUUUUUCACUUGGAGUGCUUCAAGUGACCCAGGAGUUAAAGUGCAUCCAUACGCACCGCAGAAAUGGGAAGUGAAAACGACACUUGUUACGACAUAAACACUGUGGAGCAGAACGAGGGUCCGGCUAUCAGUGCCAUAAUGUUCGCCCUCGGUGUGGUCGGGAAUCUGAUCGCCCUGCUUCUCCUGGAAUUCCGCAGGAGGAAAAAGAGGAACCGAGAGCGCCAGUCUCUCUUCCAUGUCUUGGUGACCACGUUGGUCGUUACGGACCUACUUGGGACAUGUCUGAUCAGUCCCGUGGUGCAAGUCGCAUAUUCUACUAAUACCACACUUAUCGGUAUGAGCGAGUCUCGUUCGGUGUGUAAAUAUUUUGGAUUCGCCAUGACAUUUUUCAGUCUCUCGACACAUUCCAUCCUACUCGCUAUGGCGCUGGAGAGGUGCAUCUCCAUCGGGUACCCGUACUACUACGGCAGGAAUGUCACCAAGCGUUGUGGAUACAUCACCAUCCCUUCUAUAUAUCUAGCCUGCUUUAUCUUCUGUAUAAUGCCUUUUGCAGGCUUUGGGAAAUAUGUGCAAUAUUGUCCCGGCACGUGGUGUUUUAUUGCAAUGAAUCCUCAAGUUCCGAAGCACAGGGCGUAUGCCAACGUUUACGCCACUGUCCUGCUUCUUAUUGUUACGGUAAUAGUGGCAUGCAACUGUUUCGUAGUUUAUCACCUGGUGUUAAUGUACCGAAAGCGCAAACAGAACCGAGGAUCCGUGCACACCCGGAGUAAACGGGACAGAAGAUACUUCUCAUGGGCAGAGGAGGUGGAACAUCUCAUUCUCCUGGUCAUUAUGACACUCAUAUUUGUCAUAUGUUCCCUGCCAUUAAUGAUCCGUGUAUACAUCAAUUCCACUGGCAAGUCCAAAUACAGUGACAAGACUGAUCUUAUAGCACUGCGUUUCAUCUCAGUUAACUCCAUCAUUGACCCCUGGGUGUUUAUCAUUUUCAGCCCCUCGGUUUUGCGUUUCAUUUGGGGGGCGCUGUGUAAGACCUCCUUCAUGCGCUCCAGAAACUCUUUGUUCAAAACUUCCCUUACCAAAAACACGCCUGGCCAAAUCGAGCUACUCCAACCUACCUCCACCUCCGUGGAGAUCAGUCAUCUCAACAAGACCGUUUAGAUGGUUUGACAUGACAAGGACACGAUGGGAUCCGGUGAUGAUGGAGAUCACAGUAUCCUUGUGCAUCUAGGAAUGGAUAUGUCUAACCAGUACAUCUUAACUGAACUAUGGGCCAUUUCAAGAAGGAUCCAUUUUGUUGGCUGAUCUUCAUUAAGGGGUUUAGAAACCCCUUGUGGUUGCGUGUGACUGGGACAGUCAGACAAACACAACCGUGAGGUCAAAAGGAAGGAUGCUCUGUGUUCCUUCAGUGGUUACAAUUGUUUUGAGAGCAAGGACCCUGUGAACUGUAAUUGCACGAUGAACGUGUUUAGUGGGAGAUGGUCUGUUUAGGACUGUAUAUAAACAGAUACUCAACGAAAAAAUGAGCUGAAGCUAUUAUUUCACAAUCAUUGCUCAUUUAACUUUCACUGGGGUUGUGCUUUUUGGGGUCGAAGGCUAAACAUCUCCCAUGCAAUUUGCCACUUUGGAUUGUUUAUUAUUCAGUGAAUCAUGUAAUGCUGUUUCCUGCAUUUCAAGUCGAGCAGUUCCAGAAAAACACUUGUACAGGUCUAUUUGUAUUUAUAAUAUCAACAUACAGUAUUUAUUGUGCUUUAAUUUAUGUUGAUACAACAGUAUGACAAUGACACAUAUCUGUUUUGAUAUGCAGGCAGAAUUGAAUGAUCAAUGAAUCGGUUCUUUCAUGUGAAAGAGUAUAAUUAUACGUUUUUUUUUUAUGAACAUGACAUAUGCUGGUGCCGUUCUGUAAAGUGGGUGUAAAUGUGUAAUUGUAAAGGCCGUUGUUUGUGUUUGCGUACUUGUUUUCUAUGAAGAUUUUGAAUGCACUGACUUGUGAAAUAAUGUGAUGUGUUAUGCCUACAUGUAUUCUAUUACUGUUGUUGACACAGUUUACCCAAAAUCAAAGUUUUGUCAUUAUGUAGUUACUCACUCUCAUCUGGUUUGAACAACAAAUGUCUUUUUUGUUUUUCAAAACCCAAUGCAGAUUUUAUUUCAUAGUGUUGCAUCUCUUCCAGUGCACAUUUCUGUGUCUGAACUGUUAUUUAAGCAGUUUUAGGAUGAUGACUUUAUGAAUAACGUGUAAAAUUUGAAACAAUAUUAAUAUCCACAAGAAAAAAAAAAGAAUCAGGCGUAAGGGGACAUAUCAUGAAAAUCUGACUUUUUCCAUGUUUAAGUGCUAUAAUUGGGUCCCCAGUGCUUGUAUCAACCUAGAAAAUGUGAAAAAGAUCAACACAGUAACUUAGUUUUGGUAAACCAUUCUCUGCAAGCAUGUAAAAAAUAGGUAAUUGAAAUUUGGCUCCCCUUGUGAUGUCAGAAGUGGAUAAUACCGCCCCUUAAUCUGCACUAUCCAAUCCAGCACUUCCAUUAAGGGCAGAGAUCAGCUCAUUUGCAUUUAAAAGGACACACCCACAAUGGCACAUUUUUGCUCACACCUACAAAGUGGCAAUUUUAAUAUAUGUUAUAAUAAAUUAUCUGUGGAGUAUUUUGAGCUAGAAUUUCGCAUACGCACUGUGGGGAUUUAUUUGACAUCUUAAAAAAGUUUUGUGAAAUGUCCCCUUUAAAGUAGAAGUCGAGUGGAGUUAUUUAUUUGACACUUUUGGGUCUAUUUGAAGCUUGAAAGGUUUUCUGGUCUGAGUGGAUGGUGAUCGAGGUGAUGACCAUUCACUCCCUUAGUAACCAAAAAACCUAACAUUUGGGUUCUGUAGAACAUCGAAAUACAUUGGGGGGUUUUAAAAAACAUGAAGGUGAUAAAGUUUUAAUUUUUAGGUGAACUAUCCCUUUAAAGAGCAUUAUUGCAUUGCUCAUUACUUAGACUGUGGUUUCUCUUUAUGCACAAUGUAUAACAGUUAGUUUCGUUUUAUGGGUGGGUUGUACUGAAACGAAGCGAAACAAGCCAAUUAAGGAACUUGAAAAACAUGAUGAUGCAUCAAUCUGGUUGAAUCGAGAAAAAAUAAAUAAAUCAAAUACA